GUCAAAUGAAUGAAAUGAAAUUAACUUUACGCCGGUUAUCAAAUGUAUUUUAAAAAAUAGAAUAUUAUUUGCUCGUCUAGAUUAAUUUUAAAAGUAAUUAAAACACGAAAAUCUAUCAUAUUCGUGUUUCUGUAGUGUUAAAAAUGUAUAUUCGAGUGCUAUGCCUCCUUUUUUUAAGUUCUGUUGCUCUUAGUGAAGCUAAUGUUCUUCAGAGUACUGUUAACAUAAAGAAACUGCAAGGAAUCUUAGAAGAGGGCCUCAAAAGCAAAGAUGUCAGUACUUUGUAUUUUGCUAUUAAAGGGUUCAAACUACUUAAUGCUACAAUACCUGAUGUCUGUGAAGAUUUAAAAAAUGCAAAAUAUGACCUGACUAACAUAGAGCAUGUUUUCUACUUCACAAAUGCAGCUGCACUUUCUAACUGUCGCAACAUUCUGAAACCAGAUGUUCUGCCAACACCCACUCAGACGCUGGACAAAAAAGAUGCUACUUUACAAGAAUUAUACUAUGCAGUGUUCGCUCUGAAGGCUAUGGGUAAAGGUACUAUUUAUGAUAAAGAAGAUGGCUUGAAGAACCUCAUACAGUUGUUGAAGAAAGAUGAUUCACCAGCCAACUAUGGGUACGUAUUCGCACUGUGCGAGCACAUGGGCUGUGGCGCGUGGACGUCGUCUCAUGCCGAGGGAGUGCUGCUGGCGGCCGAUGAGAGUGAUUCGCGCGCAUUGCACUUCGAAGGUGGAUUGCCCGUCACCGCGUUACUUCUUGGCACUAUUUCUAGAACAUAUAAAAGUCUGAAGAAACCUUCGCCAUUAAAUGAAGAACAGCGCUACAAGUUUGCGAACUAUAUAACUGGCCGAUCUGUUAGCACUCCACGCGGCGCCGCCUUAUUGUUGGAGGCAGCUAAUGCUCUUGCUAAUGACGAGCCAUCUCCAAUCAGCAUUACAAUUAAAGGGAAAAAAUACGUCACUUCCGAAUCUGAUAGUGUAGAGUUUUCCAUCACUGAUAUCAUUGGACGUCCAGUACGUGGCCUAAAGCCCGAGGAAGUCAUAGCACAAUCUGCCACUAGACUUGCCGAUGAUGUUGUUGUUCUCUCCAAGCAGCCACUUACACAGAAACCCAAUGACCCCACGACUUAUGUCCUUAACUUAAGCAAGAUUAAAGCACAAUAUGGAUUGUACAAGAUCUCCCUCAGUGCUGGCUCAAAAACGGCAAACAUCAACGUAGCAGUGUUGGGUGAAAUACAAGUUGGCAGCUUGGAGGUGGGCAUCGGUGAUGUGGAUGGAACAACAAGCCCAAAAAUCACUACAAUCACUUACCCAAACAAGUUGUCUGAAACACUCCAAGCUGAUCACUUGCAAAAAUUGAGUCUGAAGUUCAGCGUACGGGACAAAUUCAACAAACCGGUGUCCGUACAGCAGGCGUUCGUCCGCGUUGCGCCAGUCGCGGCCGGCGCCCCGGACUCGCUCGAGGCCAUUUACGUGGCAGAACCCAGCGCCAACACCUAUAGAGUCGAGCUGAACGUGGGAGCGAUCGCAAAGCACCUUAACUACGCUUCAGGCGCUCAUUCCCUGACGCUAUACUUAGGAGACAGCGCGGUCUCCAAUCCUAUUGCCUGGGAGCUCGGCGAAGUCAUCUUCAACUUCGGCAGGGACGCCAAUGCCGUUGGGUUGCCAGUGCGCGGUAGUGUAGCCAGUGUGCGAGUCCCGCUGCCAGAGAUCUCGCACCAGUUCCGCGCGGCAGAGGCGCGGCCGGCGCGCGCGGUGUCGGACGUGUGCGCGUGCGCGUGCGCGGCGCCGCUGCUGCUGCUGCUGGCGCUGUGGGCGCGCCUGCGCCCGCGCCUCGCCACCCCGCCGCCCAGCGCGCUGCUGUUCCACCUCGCGCUCGCAGGUUCGCUGGGUCUGUACGUGAUGUUCUGGCUGAGGCUGACAAUGUUCGAGACGCUGCGCUACCUGGCUCCGUUGGCGCUGCUCACGUUCCUGUCGGGACACCGGCUGCUGCGCAGACUCGCGCAAGACAAGGCACAGGCGCGCUAACACAGCACAGCAAACAACACAGCUCCUGUGUUUAAUGCAUUCCUCGAUACUGUUGCGCCGCACCAGCAACUACAGUUUCUUUGAAUUUUUUCUGUCCAUAUCAAUUUUUUUAUUUUGCAAUAACAAUCAAAAGUCUUAUUGCCAUAUUACAAAAAUAAUUUACUAUCAAAUAAAACCUUUUUUUAUACAAUAAUUUGAUUUAUCGGUAUAAGCAACUUCAAUUGUAAAAUACAUUGUGACAGUAUUGAUAAGAACAUCCAAGGUGUUAUAAGAUAUCUAAGUAAAGAAUGUUCCUUACAUUAAAAGAACAUCGAAGGUGUUAUCUAAGUAGAGAAUGUUCCAGAUAUUAAAACCUUUUAUAUAAAAUAAUUGUUUUAUUGAUUUAAAUUAUUCUUGCACUUACGUAUGUUUAGAGCUUUUCUGUAAAUUGAAAAAUUUUACAUUUUUUUUACAUCCAUACUAGUUCAAUCACAGUAUAUGUAGUUCUUAACUUAUUAGUACCAAUUUUUUAUUAUAGAUACCAGUUUUAACAUUCUCUUAUUUAAGAUUAACUGGACAGAAAUAAUUGUUAAUAUUGAUAUAACAAUAAACAUAAUUUCGUUAUUCUCAAUCCCACUUGAGAUUAAAUGGGUCUUAUUUUUUCAACACUUUUUAAAUUAUAAAAAAAUUCACAAAUUUUGUAUGAAAAUAGUGUAUUUAAUAAUGAUUACAUACAGUUUUGUUUACUAUCUGUUGUUUUUUUUUUUUUAAUGUAUGUUUAAAUACCUGUGGAGUGUAAUUCUCACACUUAUUGAUAGGAUGAUAAAGGAUGAUGUAAAGGUUGUUAUGAUAAGAUAAUUGAAAUGACAAGGAAAGAACUCUUUGAUAUGAAUGCAUGUAAUGUUCUGAUCGAUAAGUAUUGGCGCAUAAAACUGCAGUGUUAGUAAGAGUGCUAAGUUAAUAAAAUUAAAUACAUAUAAAUUAUUGUG